GUCCAUUUCCUCAUCGUCAGCCAAGUAGACGAAGCUCAAGAGGCUUAAGAACGCUCGUGAUGGCGCCGCAAGUGACCACAACAUGUUUCCAAGAGGCGGAGGUGGCGCCUCUGCGCGUGCUGGUGCUUCCCCACGCCGGUGGCGCCUCGCGUACACUGGCGCUUGAGUGGGGUAAGAGUUUCCGCGCUGCUGGCCUCAACGUGGAGUUGUGGGGCGUGGACUGGACGUGGACAGCGGAGGACGUCGUGGAGGACGCCACCGCCCGCUCCCUCGAGCUGGUUGCCGCUAUCUGCACGCAGCUAAGUAGUGGAUUCUUCGGCAAACCCUUUGUGCUUGUGGGUCACAGCCUCGGCGCGUUGGUGGCGCUGGCAUUGACGCACUACCUAGAACAGCUCAAGUUCUCAACGCCCCGACAUGUUUUCUUCUCGGGGGCUGCAGGGCCCGGCAAUUGGACGCUGUACGAUCCGAAUGUGUUGCAGCAAGAUGCGGAGCUGCUUAAGUUGCUGGAACAAUGGGGUGGCACGGACAAGCAACUGCUGGAGAUUCCGGAGCAAAAGCAGAAACUACUGACGGCGCUACGUGGCGAUCUGGGACUGCAUAAUGGUCUUGUGCAAUGGUUCACGCAGCAGGAUGGGGUGAAGAUUCGCUCCGACGUGACCGUGUUCGGUGGAUCGGAAGAUACCACUGCCCCGGCGGAUUCUUUGCCCAAGUGGAAGGAAGUAUGCACUGAAAGCAGCGAGUUCGAAGUCAAGCUGUUCACAGGCGGACACUUCUACCUCACAAGUGCCGAGAGUCAAGAGGCUGUCACUAAGGCAUUCAUUACCAAGUUGGAGAGGGUGUCUGUCAUUGUCGUGGCGGAGUCACGCACGUUGAUCGACGGGUUGAACUCGAAGUACGCACCAUACCCGUCUGAGAAAUGCUUACACGAUAUGUUCUACGAGGCAGCGAAGCGGACUCCUGAUGCAGUUGCGAUCUACUAUGAGGGCAAAACACUGACCUUCCGUCAAGUGGACGAGCAGAGCGAGCACCUCGCUGAUUAUCUGUAUCAAGCUGGUGUGCGUCCUAACUGCAUCUCUGGCAUCUUUAUGGAGCAUUGCAUCGAGUUCGUGAUCGCCUAUAUUGCAGCACUGAAGGCUGGCGGAGCCUACAUGCCACUAGAGAUCGUGUAUCCACCGGAUCUUCUUAAGCGCGUCAUGGAAGAAUCCAAACCGACCAUUAUACUGACUAAGAAGAAGUUCCGAAACCGUUUGCCAGCCUGGCAGCAAGCGCUGGAGCUGGACGAAGGCUGGCUCGAGUCUUUAGCUCAGCAGAACAUCCCAUCGAUGCCAGCAGACCGCACGCAAACGCAUCCAGACGAUCUGGCCUAUGUGGUCAUGUCUUCAGGAACCACAGGCGUCCCAAAGGGAAUCUGCUGCCCUCACCGUGGCGCCGUGCAUUCUUACGACUGGCGUCUCACCCACUGCCCAUACAAAGAAAACGAUCGAGUGGCUUGUCACGUCUUUUUUGUAUGGGAACUGCUGCGUCCAAUGCUCGGCAAUCGACCGCUGUACGUCAUCCCUGACAGCACAAUCUACGACCCUGCCAAGCUUAUAGACUACCUGGCUACUCACAGUAUCACACGCGUCCUCUUCACGCCUUCGUUGUUGCAGUUAAUAUUGGACACCUGCUCGAACGACGAACUACUGUUGAAGCUCUCCAAGUUGCGACUAGUUUGGCUCUGUGGUGAAGUGGUGACGCUGGAACUACGCGACCGUUUUGUUCGUCUGUUUCCCAAGUGCGAACUGCAAAAUCUAUACAGCGUUUCUGAGUGCCAUGAUGUGAGUGCAGUGGAUCUGGCUGCAAUGAGCGACUUUGACAACUCGUUGUCGACUAAGUACGCCUCUUGCGGUGAAGUCAUGCCGAAUGUGAAGGCUUACGUGCUGGACGACGACUUUAAACCCGUAUCUAUCGGCGUCCCCGGAGAGCUGUACAUUGGAGGACCCUGUCUGGCUAUCGGGUACCUCAACCGCCCAGAACAGACAGCACAACGCUUCCUCAAGCACGUGGUACCCGGAGAGACCGUGUACAGGACGGGUGAUCGUGCACGCUUCUUACCGAAUGGCCAUCUCGAACUCAUUGGUCGCUGCGACUUUAUGGUGAAGAUUCGUGGAUACAGUGUGGUGCUGGGUGCUGUGGAAUCCGCUUUGGCUCAACAUCCAUUGGUAUCCACUUCAGUGGUGCUUACGGAAGGUGAUGAAGGCGAAGACAAGCGGUUGGUUGCCUACAUUGUGCCGGAAGACUGGGAAAAGGUGCCAAGCGCGUCAAACCUUCGCGAAUUCCUUAAGGAGAAGCUGCCGCACUACGCGAUCCCGUCGGUCUUUGUGCAACUUGAUGCUCUCCCGAUCAACAGUGCAAGUGGCAAGUUGGACCGCAAGAAAAUGCCGUCGAUUGAAGAAGCCAAGAAGCUGCGCAACGAGUCGAUCGACUUGUCGGUGGACCCAGCGAACCUGCCUCAGACUGAGACCGAGAAGAAGCUCGCGUCCAUCUGGUCGGAGCUGCUACGUCUCGAGAACGACAGCGUCUUGCACCGUGAAGCCAGCUUCUUUGACGUGGGCGGACACAGUUUGCUUUCGACUCGACUGGUGUCAAGUAUUCGCGAUACGUUCGGCGUUCACUUGACGCUGGCUGACAUUCUCUCGUCGCCCGAGUUGUGUGCUAUUGCGUCACGAAUCGACCAAUCACUUGGUGGUACACAAGAAAGUGAUACCAAGACGGAGGCUGAGAAGACAGUGAAGAAGGUGGUGCUUCCGCUAGAAGCCGUGCUGGACGCAUCCAUCUACCCGGCUGCUACGCGUAAGGCUGGGUACAGUCGUUACCGUGUUGAGAUGGUGAGUCUGCCUCCACGCAACUUGUUCUUGACUGGUGCGACGGGUUUCCUAGGUGCUCAUCUGCUGCAUGCUCUGCUCAAAUACUCAACGAGCGUCGUGUUCUGUUUGGUUCGUGCAGCGGAUGAAGACGCGGCCAUGGACCGCAUUAAAAAUGCACUUAAACAGUUCGCACUGCUCGAUGAAGCGCAGAAAUUCCACCUGGAAGACCGAGUGAUUCCCGUGCCGGGCAACCUCGCGCAGCCGCUUCUGGGUCUGGAUGCGGACAUGUUCAAGAUGUUGGCUACUGAGAUCGACGCUAUUCUCCACAAUGGUGCAGACGUCAACUUGGUCAAGCCCUACUCUGCUCUCAAGAGCGUCAAUGUGCUGGGUACACAGGAAGUGCUGCGUCUAGCUGUGACGAACGGACUGGCCAAGACUCGAGUGAAGCCUGUGCACUACAUUUCAACGAACGGAGUCUUCCCGUCCACACUAAGUGCAGCUAAAUACCUGGAGACUGCGGAUUUGAGUGAACUGUCCGAUCAAUUGGAGAAUGGCUACGCUCAGAGCAAGUGGGUGUCCGAGCAAAUGUGUCACGAAGCAGCUCAUCGUGGUCUUCCCGUGUCGAUUCUGCGGCCAGGUAACAUGGCUCCGUCCUCGGUCACCGGUCAGUGGAACCCCAGUGACUUCAUCUAUCUACUGCUUAAGGGCUGCGCGGGUCUGUGCGCUGUACCCGCUCGCUCCGACUGGUACUUUGACAUGACCCCCGUGGACUACGCAGCUCGCGCCAUCGUGCACUUCGCUGCGUUGCAUCCAGUUGAGGCGCUGGGACAGACGCUGCACAUCCAGAACCCGUCGCUACCAGUCAAGAGCGACGCGUUCUUUGACUUCUUCACGGCUGCGAUGGCGAGCAAGCAAUUGACAGCAGUCGAGUACGCAGAGUGGAAGCGCAGUCUUCAUGAAGCUGCGAGUAAGCCCGACGCCUCGCUGGAGCUGCAGAAACUGGCGGCGGGUAUCGACUCGUUCGAGAUCUACUUCCAGAGCGACAAAGUGUUCGAUUCCACGCUCUCGGCUGAGCUGCUGCACGCCGCCGACAUCUCAUGUCCGACAGUCAACCAGGCGCUUCUUGCCACCUACACGGCCAAGUGGUGAACAUACAAAUUGUAAAAAAAAAAACAAUUUAGACCAACCAAACAUCGUGUUUACUGACUUCAACAAGGUUUACGGUCUUGGAUUGGCUGAAAAUAUGUAUACACCUACUUCAACCGGCUGUAAGCAGUCUUCAAGUGUG